CGACCAUCCUCAACAUCACAGACGACUUAACGACUGCUAUCAUCAAAGGGCUCGCCACCCGCUACACGACACUCUCCUCGACGACUCGACAUAUCACGUAGCUGACUCAAUCAUGGACCGUAUCAAGGAGAAACUCAACUCCCUUCGCGUUGAAGCCGACGCCGCAAUCGAGCGAGCUGAAGCAGCCGAGGCGAACAACAAGCGCCUGGAGCACGAGCUCCUCCAAAAGGAGCAGGAGAACGCAUCACUCCAGCACAAGCUCCAGAUCGCAGAGGGCGACCUCGAGAAGUCCGAGGCCAAGCUUCACGAGCACAAGAACGCCUCAGAGGAACACCAAUCCAGCCGAGACACUGCUGACAACCUGUCGAGGAAGAUUGCGCUUCUGGAGGAGGAGCUGGACACUGCAGAGAAGAACCUGAGGGAGACAACGGAGAAGCUGCGCCAAGUGGACGUCAAGGCCGAGCACUUCGAGCGCCAAGUCGCGCGUGUGGAGCAGGAGCGUGACGGGUGGGAAAAGAAGUACGAGGAGGCAGAGCAGAAGUACAUCGCCUCUAAGAAGGAGCUCGACGAGGUCGUCCUCCAGAUGGAGAGCCUCUAAGCGCACGAGAGAUGGAUGGACGCUAGGCGGUAGGCUCUGGAUUGUUGGACACCAUUACAACAACGCAGCGAUUAUUUCCGAUCCUCUACGACGACUAUGCCUAAGGCUUGCCUGUAUUUCCCUGCUCCGCGAUAUAAGCCUCUCACUGCACCGCAUUCUAACGUCACGUCACGUCUUGUCAGGUCUAGCCGCGUCGCUCUAGGCUACUGCGAGCCCGCCCCAGCCAUCAGCCGCAUCCUGGCCAUCCUCCUCGUCUGCCCUCUGCCUCUCCCACCUCCUUCGUCCUUCAUGCGCCGCGAAGCCCAAGCCGGCGAUGACCACUAGCAAAGUCAGAUCCCC